AUGUCAUCCUGGGGGGGUGGGGGGGUCACCUGCACGCAGCCACACUAUAACCUUCUGCUGUUGUGGCUCACGGCUCGUCCCUUUGCUCCAGUGUUUGACAGGACUCUGCCCAGAGAAGCCCUCUCCGCCCCAGAGGAGACCACCCCCCCACAGAGGGGCCACGACCCCUGCCAAUCUGCGGGACAGCUCUGCCAGCACACAUGCACCAACACAGGGACCAGCACAGGGACCAGCACAGGGACCAGCACAGGGACCAGCACAGGGGGCUCGUACCGCUGUGGCUGCCACCAGGGCUACUCUCUGCAGCCGGACGGCCACUCCUGCACUCCAGAGAGGCCUGAGGAAGACAACAGACUGACGGAGGAUGACGACCGCUUUGAGACCAGCACCAGUGGGACCAGCCCCAUUGGGACCAGCACCAGUGGGACCAGCACCACUGAGACCAGCACCAGUGGGACCAGCACCAGACGCCCCUCCAGCCUGUGUGACGAGCGGGGAUGUGCUCAGUGGUGUAGGUUGGUCGGUGGGAGCCCCCUCUGCUCUUGUCUCUCAGGAUUCUCUCUCAUGUCUGAUGGACGCAGCUGCAAAGGUAUGAAGCCAACUCCUUCUUCUUCUGUGGAGAUUAAAGUGUGA